CACUCCGAACCAGACAUAUAGUACUAAUAGUACAUAGUACUGUAAGAAAGAAGAAUCGUUCCUACCAGGCUAUAUAAACUCGCAUAAGAGACCCUAGAUAAAAUCCUUGUCUUCUAGUCACAAGUCCUUAUAUUCUAUCUCGUUCAGAGAAAAUUACAUUACAUAUCACACACAAAUCUACAUUUCUCCUCCCGAAAUCGAACCUCAUGUCUGAAUCAAGUCUCAACUUCCAUUGUGCGCUCAUUACCGGCGGAGGCGGAGGCAUAGGCAAAGCGCUAGCCUCGUAUUUCAUCUCCCAAGGCAAGAAAGUGAUUAUAGCGGGCCGGACUGAAUCGACACUCCGCGAGACGGCGAAGGAAAUCGGGGCGGCGGAUUACUACGUCCUUGAUACGGGGGUGGUGGAGAAGUUCCCGGAUUUUAUUUCGCGGAUUACGACGGAGCAUCCAGAGCUGGAUUGUCUGGUUAAUAAUGCUGGGGUGCAGAGGCCGUUGGAUCUGGUGGAUGAGAGUGCGAUAGAGGACGUGUUGGGGAGGGCGGACCAGGAGAUUGACAUUAAUGUUAGGGGGGUGAUGCAUCUGACUUUGGGGCUGUUGGGGCAUUUUAAGAAGAAGGAACAGGGGGCGGUGGUGAUGAAUGUGUCGUCGGUGUUGGGGUUUGUGCCAUUUGCGGUGAUCAAUCCGGUGUAUAGUGGGACCAAGGCGUGGGUGCAUUUUUGGAGUAUGAAUCUGCGGACGCAGUUGAGGAAGGCAGGGUGGGAGCGCAUUCGCGUCGUGGAGAUUGCGCCGCCGACUGUGGAGACGGAUUUGCAUCGUGAAAGGGAAGAUCCGGAUGAUAAUAAGAAGGACAAGAAUCCUGGUGCGUUGUCGUUGGAGGAGUUUAUGGAGGAGGUGGCGGUUAUGUUGGAACGAGGAGAUGAGGUUGUUGCCCCUGGGAUGAGUAAGGACUUGGUCCGCGGUUGGUAUGAGCAGUUUGGGGGCGUUUAUGAUAAGGUGACUGCUUAGGGUGGGCAGGAGGAGUGAUGGUCUAGAUUUGUAUCUAAUCGAAGAUAGGGAUAUUUCCAGGUUUGUUAGAGGAAUAGGA